AAUGUUUAACCUAAGUGAAUUUUAUAUCUUGUAAACAAGAAAUGUGAAAAAAAUAACUUUAAUAUUUGUUUUACAGCAGAACCGCAGUAUAACCCGGCUGUAUGCCAGUCAUAACGAAUUCCGCGAGGAAGGCGGAAAGGUCAUAGGCAGUGCAAUAGGACGAAAUACCAAACUUCUGGAUCUGGAUCUGAGCUGGAAUCACUUGAGACGAGCAGGCGCAAUAGGUAUCAGUCGGGGACUCGAGGUAAACCAAAGUUUGAAAAGUGUCAAUCUGUCGUGGAAUGGGUUCGGGUUCGAGGGAAGUGUUGCUAUAGGAGACAUGCUAACCAAAAACUCGACGUUGCUGUCUCUGGAUAUAUCCUCCAACCGAAUCAACCCCCCUGCCGUGAUGGAACUAAUGAGAGGGCUCACCAAGAACAAAGUGCUACAACAUCUGAAGCUCGGUCACAACCCCAUAACAGCAUCGUUUUCAAGUGUCAUGUUGGAGGCUAUCAAAAAGAGUCCCCAUGUUGCGCUACAAUCACUGGAUCUGGAGGGAAUUGUUGUGGACAAGGAGUUCGAAUCCCUAAUGAAUGACAUCAAUACGUCACGGCAUCUGGAAGUGACGUAUGAGAUUUCUCUACCAAUCGCAAAAAAGAGUAGAGAUAAAAUGCUGAAAGAACUGGAACUUCCGCAGUCGUUCAACAUCGACCCGCUGCGCAUGCUCCAUCUGUUGAAGGAGAAGAACAGGGCUCAGGACUUCUUCCGGAAAAUCAACAAAGAUGACGACGAUGGCUUGACGAGAGAUGAGUUGUCUCUCUUGUUUAAGGAGGCCGGUAUCCCAGUCACUGUGAGUGUCAUUGACAAAAUCAUGGAGUUCAUGGACACCAAUGGAGACGGAACCAUUGACAUGGCUGAGUUUCUGAUUGGUGACCGGAAAAUCACGAAGAUCUCUCGGAACCAGGACCAGUCCGCUCAGUCACUGAGGAAACGAGACGCGCAUUACAUCAAGUACUCGAGGACAUUCCGCAAGGCGCACAUCGACCCAAAGAACUUUAGUCUCAAAGUGGAGGAGUCCAACAAUCGGUUAUCUCCCAUUGACACAAAGCCGUCAGAUCUGCGCGCGUUACAGUGGGAACAAACACCACUGAACAAAUAACAGUUUUCAUAUAGACUGAUUUCAGUGAAAACUUUGUUUAAAUAAUGCUGAGGAGAAAUAUUUAUAAUAGCAAAAGAUAAUUAAUAAUGAUGGUUAAGAAUGGUUUUUCCCAGAAUUUAAAUUUAACACCUUUAAUUAUAGUGUAAUUCCAACAAACGCAGUGCUAUGUGAACUUUUCUAGUUAUUUAUUUAUUUCAUUUCAACUUAUGUUCGUGCUUAUAUCCAAUUAAGGUUCAAGCACGCUGUCCUGGGCACACACCUGAGCUAUCUGGGCUGUCUGUCCAGGACAGUAGG